AUGGGGGACCCUAUGAGGGAACUCGCUAUUGGUGUUUGUAAAGAGCGUAAGUGCAUGACUUAUUAAAAAAAAAUGUUGAUAAGUUGUUAAUUUUCAGAUCUUGAAAAUUGCGAAAUCAAGAAGGGAUGUAACCAGGAGGUUCUCGACAACUGCUGCUCGAAAUUAGGCGUCUGUCCGUUCUACAAGGCCAUCUGGUUCUACAUUCUCGUCGGCGUCGGAGCCGUCACGCUCCUCGUCGUCCUCCUCUGUGUCUUCUGUUGCGUUCGGAAGAGGAGAAAGAAUCGUGUGGAGGGGGGAACCGGCUCGAACAACGCAACCAACACUGCGUAG